ACGCUUUUACCAAUGCCAAAAUUUAGCUAAUUUUGUUAUAAAACGUAGCGAACUCUAAUUUACGGACGUUUGAUGUUAAUUUUGUUGGAAACGGGCGAAGUGGCUUUUAGGUUAGUUAACUAAUACUAGACAUAGAACCAACGAAUAACAAAUUUUCAACCAAACGAGUUAUUUUCCCUACGAAACCUUAAAUUGACAUGUCAAAUUGACAAAUAAAAAAAUUUGAAAAAAAAUCUGGCAUCUUAUUUUUAUAAGUCAUCCAUCCAUUACUCAUCAAUGAAUGUCAUCCAUCAGUCAUUAAGGUUGUCUGAAGUCCAUCUUCAUUUUGUGUAGUUCUCCUUUCGGCCUCCAAAAUUUCCUGUAAUCAGAAUAAACCAGUUGUAAGUCUAUUAAACAAUGUUCUAAGAUUGCUAAAGUGCGGUAACAAAAUGUUUGGCAAAAAACCUCCCAUUAAGUCUGGACGUGAGCCGAGCACCAGCGCUGCGAAAGGCAAAGAUGCGCUGCCCGAAGUGGCUUUAGCAGCCAUCCUCUCCUACAAAAAGCAAAAAGAGAUCGGCGACUUUAUGAGUUUUUUUCUCGGUGCUCUCGACCGGAAUUCUGAUUGGCUCAACGGGGUCGUCGGUAAGCAAACUAACUUCAGAUGCGCAUUGUUGGUCGGAGCCGGACCGAACCGAUUUCAGCUCCAGGAAAUAAUAUACCCGAACGACAAGAACGAUAUCCAUCUCGAAGUAGAGCACAGAGAUUGUGAAGAUUUCGACAAAGUUGCGAUCGCCGCUAUACUGAAUCUAGCGAACUAUGAAAUCGAGCACCUUAUGAGAUACAUUAAAACUCGUCUAUAUGAAAAUCCGAUGAGAGAAGAUUUACUCAAAGGCAAGGAAUUGGGAAUCAACUACGCAGUUUUGAGACCGUUUUAUGAAAAUCAAUAUAGGCUAGUGGAAAGAAUCGACAUCGGAAGUUCAAUGAGAUGCGUUGAACAGAAGAAACGAAGGCGUGACGUAAAAUCAGUUUCUCGAUAUCCUUUCAAAAAGAUUAAACUAUAAGCAUUAUAAUUAACUACAGUCAUCCUAUACCUUGUAGAAAUAUUUAAAAAUUUGCAUUUAGGCCAUAUUAAUAAUGGUACAUAAUAUUAAAUCUAUUAUUGCAUAUCAUUAAAGAAUAUUUAAGAAGAA